AAAAAUGGGAACGAAGAUCGAGUACGUGGACACCACGCAUCUGUACGCCUCCAAGUACAUCCGCAAUUCCAAGGCGAUCGGCGUGCUGUGGGCCAUCUUCACCAUCUGCUAUGCGAUUAUUGGCAUCGUGGCAUUCGUGACGCCAGAGUGGAUUGGAGAUCCGGAUAACGAUGGAGCAGGUCGUUUGGGUCUUUGGCAGCAGUGCCAGCGGGACGAGAUCUUCGACAACUGCCGAAGAAGGUGGGAGAGCAUCUUCGAAGUGCCCACAUUCUCAUUUCAGUUGGCCACAUUCUUCAUGCUGGGCGCCAUCGCUCUGGCCUUGUUGACCAUAUUUUUCUUGGUUUGCUUGCUGUUUAUGAAGUCGACGCGUGUUUUCCACCUUUGCGGUUGGAUGCAAAUUAUAUCAGCUCUUUGUAUGAUUGUGGCCUGUGCUGCUUUUCCCUUUGGCUGGAACUCGGAUGAUUUCCGUAAGAUCUGUGGCCCGGAAGCGAAUCGCUUUGAGUUGGGUCUCUGCGGUAUUCGAUGGGCUUAUCCGCUGGCCAUAAUCGGUUGCAUAGAUGGUGUGGUCUUGGCCACCUUGGCGUUUAUCUUGGCCACGAGGCACGUGCGCCUGCAGCCAGACCCGAUUUAUCAGAACUCGCUUUACAAAGGUGAAAUCAACAAUGCAUAUCUCACAGAUGCCAUUAGUUUGGCGGGUUCGAGGAAAUCGAAUCCUCGGAUUACUGGCCUGAAUUUGCAACCCAUUUUGCUGGUGGCUCCCCCAAAUGAAGAUAGUAUAUCGCAAUUUUCUCGUUAUCACUGAGGAAAAACCUUCAAACAGCCAAGACAGCAACCAAUCAAGCUUAGUUCGUGCAACAACCAGGGGUGAAACUCGGCUUAAAGUUUUUCCUAAAGUUUUCGGAGUUAUAAUUUAAACGAUUUUAAGCUGGAAUUAUGAAGAAAUGUGUGUGUUUUUUUGUGAGUGCAAGUCAGAGAAGAGUGAAUGAUUUUGUAUAUGCCACUUUGCCCGACUGAAUGCCAACUUGUAGUUGUAAGCUUGGAUUUUAAAAACUUUAAUUUAAUAACAUUUCGUGUGAAUAGCUUGUGCCUAAAUGUAUGAUUCGAUUAAGUUAAAAAAUAAUAAAAGGGCUACUCUAAAGCUCUGCCUGUAAAUUAUAUACCCAUAAACAAUAAACAUGU